GCGACCCAAAGUGGUGAGUAGACGAACACAAUAGGAAACAACAGACAAAAUAAAAGAGGGCUCUCGAUAUCAUCAUAAAUUCAAAAUUCCACAUAUACAAUUUGAGAAUCCAAAGGGGCCAAGCAAAACGAGGAUCUUUCAGAAUCGUGUCAAUUGGGAAAGACCUCGAAGACGCAAAGUGGGUCAGGUCAGUCUCUCUCUCUGUCUCUCUCACUCAACCAACGGUCCAAAAUUGUCGACACGAGGCUUAACUAAAUGCCCUCCGUGAGUAAUCAGUCCUCUCCUCUGGAUCAGAAUCAUCGGCAGCAGUUUUGGGCUACCAGACAAACGAUGCCCACCCCUGUAGUAUUUUUUAUCUCCUUUAAUCUCGGCUUCUGUUAGUGCUUAUGCCACUUUCUCCAAUGAAAAAUUCUACAAUAUGUUGUUAGAGUGUGUUUGUUUGGAGAUGACGAGAGGGAUUUCAUAUUAUCAUAAAUGAAAAUUCAUUAUUGUUUUUCUGGGAUUUCUAAUAUGCUCGAGACCUACUUCACUACAAGGUGUUUGUGUAAAGUCCUGAAAGACAAAAUGUUCAGAUUUUGUAGCCUCGUUAUGGCUUCUGUCUUUGCUUCAAUCGUCGAGGUUGUUGGGUUUGUUUCCAGAUAUUGGUACAGAUCAAGGCCAUGUGUGGCUGAAGAGAGUGGUUCGAUUUUUAGUGGCAAUCAUUCUCAGGAGGAGAACAAUCAUUUUGGCAAGGAAUCCAUUGUUUUUUGGUCAAGUGGGCCUUCUGGAAGAGAGAAUUUAGAUGUGAAGAAAAAGGGGAAGAAGAGUUUCAGUGAAGAGGUUGAAGACACAGAGGGCUCUGAUUUCUUGCGAACUGGUCUGAUUUCUAACAGUAGUAAGUAUGAAUUCAUGUCUGGGAAAGAUGUGUGUGGGUUUCUUGAAGAGCCAAAAACGGACAACUUUGUUGUUCAGGAAAUGUUUGUGGAGGAAUCCACAGGUGAUGUUUAUGAGAGCAGUGAUCGAAGUGUUGGGUGUGAAGCUCCUCAAAAAGAAAACUCUUUGGAAGAUCUUGAUCAAGGAUUGGAUUCUUGCAGCUUUCGCUUUAAACUUAUUGAUGUUUCUUGCCCUUCAAAUGUUGUUGUUGGGGAGUGUUUGUCGGCACAAGACAACGUUGGUUACAGUAAAAAGAAUCUAACUUCUGAAGAAAGUUUUGGGGAAUGUUUAAUGGAAGAUGAAGCUUUGGAGGAGAAAGAUGUUUCUUAUGAAAUUAAACUGCUUCCUGGAGGGGAAUUUUCAUUUCCUGAUUCAAACCAUGAGUCUGAUGCUUGUGGAGAUGACGACAAUGACGAGGAUGAAGAUUUAUUGACAUUGAAUAAGGAACAUGAAGUUAAGUCAGUUGAUAGAGAAUUGGUUGAUGAAUAUGACUUGAGAAACUGGAUGAGUAAUUUUCUUGAGGAAUCUGAUUAUAUAAAGCCUGAUAAUGUUGAGGUCGGGCUCGAUUUAGAUCACACAGAAAGAUCAGUCGAUUUAAAUGAUGAGUACAUAGAACUCGAGCCUCAACCUUUGAGCCCGAUGCACAUUGUCGAAGAAAAAAUUACAGUUGGGGAUGCUAGCAAGCAAGAGGGAUUAGUAGAUGGAUCUAAAGAACAGAAAAAAUGUUGGGAUUCGGAUACAGAUGACGACGAGGAGCUAGAUGUGUUGUUAGAACAUCAGAUUUUAGUGCAACAGAUGAAAACCGAGCUGAAAAACUGCAGAAUCCGAAGCCUGCCUCCAAUAUCAGAAGAAGAAGGUGAGAUCGCCGGGAUGGUCGAAGAUCUGAAGCCACUUGAAAUCGAGCAGAGGAUCGAGUACAGAGAUGUAAUGGAGGAAAUCCAGAAGUUCUACAAGAGCUAUCUCGAAAGGAUGCGGAAAUUAGACAUCUUGAAUUACCAGACAUUGCAAGCCAUCAGUUUCCAGCAGCUGAAGGAAUCGGACAUAUACAGCGCAGGCGCGAAAAGGUCGUGCAAAGGGCAGAGGAUAUACGCCGAUCCAAUGCAUAGAUCGGUAGUUGAAAUGCACCGCGACUUGGAAUUGGUUUACGUCGGGCAGUUGUGUCUAUCGUGGGAAAUCCUCCGCUGGCUGUACGCGAAAGCGCACGAGCUGUCGGGAUACGAUUCUUUAGGCAAUCACUUUUAUAACCGCACAGCGGAAGAGUUUCAACAGUUUCAAGUGGUGGUCUGGAGAUUCAUCGAAGACGAACCAUUUCAAGGUCAGAGGAUUCAGAACUAUGUCAGGAGCCGGUGCGCGAUAAGAUGCCUUCUUCAGGUCCCGACGAUCAGGGACGACUAUUCGAAGCUGGAACGACGAGAGGAAUCCGAUGCAGUUUCUCUCGAAAUGCUUAUGGAGAUGAUCCGGGAAUCGAUCUUGAUCUUCCGGGAGUUUCUAUUCGCCGACAAGCUAUCGUCGAGCAUUCAAGAAGUUAGGACAUGUCUUCACGACUCGUCGGAUUCGAUGCUUUUUGCUAAUGUCAUCGCAAGUCUGCACAAGAAGGCGAGGAAAAGCAAGGAAUGCGCGAGAAGGCAGAAGUGCGUAGUGAAGAAGUCGAAGAAGAAAGAAGAGGAUGACGAUGAAGGUCGGGCAUGCGAGGUGGAGUUGAGAUUAGUGUCGAGAGUGUUAAGGCUGUCGAAAUUGAGCAGAGAUCAGUUAGUUUGGUGCCAGAAGAAGCUCGACAACAUUAAUUUUCUGGGCAGGAAACCUCGUGUCGACCAAUCUUUCUUGCUCUUCCCAUCUUGAAUUGAUGUUGCUUUCCACUUUUGUAAAUCAAAUCAGUGUUGUCCACAAAAUACAUAAAUAAAUACUAAUUACUAGUCAGAAUU